AUGCUCUCAUACUUUUGGAAACAGCCUCCAAAGGGCUUCAACGCCCAAGAAGCGCUCCAGAGCCAGGCCCCGGGCCACUGGCUCCCCAAAGACUGCAGCCUCAUCGCGCAAUGGGUCGCGGAGAAGGCAAAGCAGGCACGCGCGAUCAAGCACCCGGAACCCCUCGACCCGACCCUCGAGGCCUUCAAGAAGCUCGUCCAAGACGAUGCGCACCUCGCCAAGCUCGCCAACAAGAUGUUCACCGAGUCGUCCCGCAAGUACCCCCAGGACCCCGUCGGCCACAACGCCAUUAAGAAGUUUGACGACUUCGUCGCCGUGAUGAACCUGGUCCUGCGCUCCGGGCCCGAGUUCGUCACAAAGUCGUCCCCGUCGACCGCCAUCGGCCUCGUCGGGUGCCCAAUCAACGCCCUGCUCGACUGGCCGAUGGGCACCAUCUCGGGCUACGAGUUCUUCCUGCGGCCCGAGGUCAACGCCGCCAUCGCGGCGAUUCUCAACGCGUGGGGCAAGUUCCUCACGACGCCCGAGUCGCGCGGGUGUCUCGACGGGUGGCUGUCCAAGGACGCGCGCGAGAUGAUUGCGAUGAAGGCCAACAACGGCAAGACGAGCCACACCUUCGAGGAGCUGUUUGAAUGCAACCCGAGCUGGGAGUACUUCGGCUUCGGGUCGUGGGACGACUUUUUCGUCAGGCGGUUCAGGGAGGGCGUGCGGCCGGUGGAGGCGCCGGAGCGCGGGGCACGAGACCCGCGGUUCCCGGACCCGACGCUCGUGGUCGCGAACGCGUGCGAGUCGGCGCCGCUGCAGGUGCGCACGGGGGUGAAGCUCUUCGACACGUUCUACCUCAAGGGCCAGCCGUACUCGCUGGGCAACAUGCUCAACUGCCACAAGCGGACGGCGGAGUUCGUGGGCGGGACGGUGUACCAGGCGUUCCUGAGCGCGCUGAGCUACCACCGCUGGCACGCGCCGGUGAGCGGCAAGGUGGUCGGGAUCGAGUACGUGCCCGGCACGUAUUACAGCGAGAACUGGUCGGAGGGGCUGGCGGGGGCGAAGGGGCAGGGCGGGGAGGACCCGGCGGCGCCGACGUAUUCGCAGCCGUACCUGAGCGGAUAA